AUUAACUCUAAAUGAAAUAUCCGCACAGUGCUUCGUUUUCUUUGCUGCAGGUUUUGAAACAUCUUCCGCCACACUAUCGUUCUGUUUAUACGAAUUUUCAAAAGCUCCCGAAAUUCAAAAACGAGUACACGAAGAAAUCGACCGAGUAUUUGAAGCAAAUGAAAAUGGAUGAAAUAUUUGGAAAGCUGCAUCGACGAAACAUUGCGCAAACAUCCAGUGGUCCCAUUGCUAACACGAGAAUGUGUGAAAGAUUAUAAAUUGCCAGGGACUGAUAGGAUCAUUGAAAAGGGUACAAAAAUUUUAAUUCCAGCAUUUGCUUUGCAGAGAGAUGAAAAAUACUACGAAGAACCAGAUAAAUUCAUUCCCGAACGAUUCAAUGAACAAAAUUCGAUUGGAAAGAAUUUGACAAAUCCACCUUAUCUACCGUUUGGUGAAGGGCCACGAAAUUGCAUCGGAUUAAGACUGGGCAAAAUGCAAACAAAGGUCGGACUCGUUUUGAUGUUGCGAAAAUUCCGAUUCGAAUUGGAAAAGAGGCUUAAGAAAAAUGAAAUGGUAUUCGAUCCUAAAGUAUCUUUCCUUUCACCGCUUGGUGGAAUCAAACUUCAUAUCAUUAAGCGGUAG